CUAGUUCUGUAUGUAUGCUUCGUGUGUUCGGCUCGGUUCGUCGGCUCACACGAAGUGGCUGCCAUGUUGAAAACCCGAGAUAGUACGACAGCAGUCGAGUGAAAAAUUACUUUAUAUUUCUUUCAACGAACAACAAAAUUUAAACUUAAUAAUUGAAACAAUAAUCGAAUUGCAAAGCGGCAGUGAUCAUUUAACGUGGCAAAAUGAGCAGCACUCCAAGCAGCGAUGCUGUGGCGAAGCUUGCGAAGCCAGCAACGCCUUCGCCAUCCCUGAAAGUCUAUGACUUUGAUUUUACGGGUACAAAAUUUGAAAUGGACGCUAGCAUUUCCGAGGAGGAACGACGCUUUUAUUUGAAAAUGUAUCCCACGGUGGACAUAGUUAAUCAGCGCAAAGUACACUGCACAGUCUGCCGGACACACAUUGGCACAGCUGCGAACUCCGAGAGCAACAUCAAAAUGCAUCCGAUACUGCGUGUCACGCACUGCGUCAAGUGUCACGACUUCUACAACAGCGGCGAGUUCUCUAAAGGAGAAGACGGCUCCGAGCUGUACUGUCGCUGGUGUGGCCAGGGCGGUGAGGUCUAUUGCUGCUCCACCUGCCCAUUUGUAUUCUGUAAAUCGUGCAUCGUCAAGAAUCUAUCGCGUGGUGUUAUCGUGGAUAUUGAGCAGAAUGAGAACUGGAAUUGCUUUAAGUGCACCUCGAAAAUCUUAUGGCCACUGCGUGCUCAGCACUGGGCUUUGGUUAAUUACAUAGAGACACAAAAGAAUGGACUGCAAACAAUUCCAUUGCCUGAGGGGGAAUUGCGUAGACUGAUGAGCAAGGACGGCAGCAAUUGUUGUCGCCUGGCCAAGGCAAAGGCCAACAGUCUGUCCGACUCCAUGGAGAGCCUGGAGUCGAAUGCUUCCAAGCGCAGUCAUGCCAGCUCUGUGAAUUCAGCCAAGAAAGCGUCCAAGCCGCAGGGACCGCCUGCCAAGCGUCCCAAAUCUUCCAACGAUGAAGUUGUGUGUACUCCCGAUCUGCUCAGCAUGCUGGAACCGGACUGUCAAAUCUCCGUGGCACAGAAGCCAGCGGCACGCAAUGUAGCACCAUCAUCAAACAUAACAACCACGCCGCGCAUCAUGACCGUACAGCAGAACUACACUGGACCCAGUCCCACUCCCGGUCCGAGUACAAGCAUCAGCAACGGCAACACUUCUGUCACCCCUCGCAGCAGUCUUCCCCCGCCGUUGGUGCUGAGCAGCUCGGGAAUGCGUUACCGCCAACCAGCUGCUCCCGCUUCAGUGGUGCGUCGCACUGUGGUGCCCAAUGCCAUACGUACUCCUGGACCCGUAUUCCAUACAAUCAAUGGAUUUCGUGUCGAUCUCAAUAGCGCUGCACAGCAGGACUCCUAUCGCCUGCCCAAUGGUCGACUAAUACAGGUCAAACGUCAGGUGCCACUUGGCGGACAGCCCUCGACGACACUGGCGUCUGCUCCGCUGUCCGUCAGUCCACAGGUUAUCAUACGUCAACGUCCAGCGCCACCACAGCCGCGCAUGAUGUCCAACAAUCCCGGCUUUGGCUCCAACAUGGGCAUCUACAAUCCGCAGACGAAUCAACAGCAGCGAGCGCCACAAAUUGUGCGUGUCAACAACGGCAGUCAAGUGCACUCAGUGAAUUUGCCGCCAACAUCAUCCGCAACAACUGCUCCGAAUAGUAAUGGCGGCACCACCAUUAUGAUGACUCCCGCCUCGGUGGCCAAGGGACCCACCCUAGUGCGUCACAUGUUUCCCAACACUGCGAUUGGCACAGCGCGCUCCCAACUGCAGGAUCAGAUCUUCAAUGCCAUGGAAAUCUGUACGCAUUUGACCGGCAAACUGCAGACACUCACCCACUCCAAUGCCUACAAUCAGGCACGCUCAUAUACGGAUCUCAAGGAGCUGUACAUACACUUGUCCUACCUAAUGACCUAUGCCAUUGGGCGCUUCAAACAGCGCCAGGAUAAAUGUCUGGUGGACAUGCGCGAAAUGGGAUUCAAGAAUGAUGCCAACAGUUUGGAGAAUGGUCAAUUAGCUGCUGAAAAACAAGCCAGUGACGAUGAGGACAAUGAAAUUGAGAUUGUGGAGCCCAAAACUGAUACAAUUACCAUCGAUUCAGACAAUGAGGAAGAGAGACCAUCGACGUCUGCUGCCAUCAAUUUACCAAAAGGUUUAAGAAUCACAUCCGUUAAAUCCGCAGCCGCUGCAGAAGCUUUGGUUAAAAAGGAUCCAGUGACCAAUACCAUGGAUAUGGAUACGGACAUUGAUGUGGCGGCCUUUAGCUCAACGAUAUUGGCCAGUUUGCUGGAAGUGGACAUAACUGAAGGCAGCGGCGAGGUGAAAACAAAACCCUCAGUCUCCCCGGGAGGAACCGUACAUAAGAAACAGCCGCGUAAGAAAACAACAAACAAACCAAAUCCAGCACUACUUCAUCUGGAGCGUCAGCGCAUGGAGGAGAUCAAAAAGAAUGAUGCCAAGCUCAAAAUGAAAGUGAUUGUCAAAUUAAGACGAGCGGAAGAAGAACAUGAGGUGGCGCGCAAAUGGAUCGAAGAACAGAAAAAGAUUGCUACGGAAAAAGUGGAAAAACAUAACUUAGAGUCUGAGAUUGAGAACAAGACAAAAUCGAAAUCUGUCGGGAAUAACGAAUCAACAGAAACAUUAAACGAUAAGAGCGAUUUAAGCUAUGAAGAGGCCACUGAGAAGAAUCAUGACAAAUUAAAUGAAAGCAAAGAUAUGGAUACCCGAAGCAAUGAAGAAAAAACAAAGACCUCCGAAGAAAAGCUGCCAAGCACUAAAAAGAGUCCAAAAGAAAUUGAUACUUUAGACAGUAAGGAAACCACAUCUUCCAAAGACACCGAAUCCAUUAAAACUGCUGAUGAAGUUAAUAAAUUAACAGAAGUAUUAAUCGAAAAAGAUUUUAAAUCAUCAGAAGAUAAAAAAGAAACGGAAAAUAUUGAUUCUACUCGAAAUGAAUUGCCCGCUGAAGAAGCUAUGGAAACAGAAACCUCUGAAGAUUAUACAUCUAAAACCACUGAAAAUAUUAAGUCUGCUGUUGAUAAUGCAGAUGAUAUUGAAGCAUCCAAUGAAGUUAAUAAAAAUGAUCUUUUAGUAUCUGAAUCUGAUACAAUAGAUGGCAUAGCUGGUGAUGACGGCAGUACCAAGUGUGAUUCCAUAACAUCAGCAACCAAAACAGUUGACGAAAAGAAUCCUGCAGAAAAUGCCGAAAAAGACAGUAGCAAGACUGAUUCUGUGCUGCCAGCAGAGAAAGAGGACGAAGAAAUUACAGCGACUAAUGCAGAAAAUGUAGAAAAUAUUAAGGCAGAAUCUGAAACACGGAAAACCCAAGCAACUGUUGGUGCUACCAAUGUUGAAACAGAAGCAAAGGAUGUCGAGGAACCUUCAGGGGAGAAUACAAAGAACAGUUCAGAAAAAGCACCCACAUCUUUAGCAACAUGUAAAGAUAGUGAAAGUAGCAGCACUCCAUUAUUAACUGAAACAAAAUCGGACUCUAAAUCAGAUGCAGUUUGAUUUACAUGAUUUGUUCAUAAAUUUUGUUCAUUUGAAAAUUGAAGAUAUCAAAGCUUUUUAUGAACACUUAUCGGUUUAAUUUUGUAAACUCGAAUGUAAUUUGUUAUUAUAGUUUUUAGAAAUAAUGUCAUCUUUUUCAUUUAAACUGCAACAUAUAUAUAUAUAUAAAGCGUUUAGACGUAAGCUCGAUGCAUUUUCAAUCGCAUUAUCUUGUUUUUUUUUUCGAGAAAAUGUUUCAUUAUACAUUAAAGUCCAAUCACUGACUUUAUAUACUUAAUACUGUUUUGGAAUAUUGAUAUUAUGAUUUCAUUUAUUUUUUUAAAUACUAAAUAAAAAACAUGGCGAAA